CCCGUCUCCGCGCGAGGUCCGUUGCUCAAAAUGGCGGACUGAGGCGCGAGGGUUAGCGCCUUCUUCCUUCCUGAGAGGGAGCCUCCCUCCAGCCCAGCAAGGAGAUCCAUGCUUCUUAGUUACUAAUACAAAGGAUCAUUCUGCACCAAAGAGAAUUUUACUUAACGACAGAUUCAUCGUGUGCUUAUUAGAAUGGAAGUAGGCCAGACAAUUGUUAGUGCUUUUAAAAAGCCUAAGAGAAGAAGUGUCAAGGCUAAGAAGAAAAGAUUAAUUUUCGAAGAUGAAGUAAAUGUUGCUAAAUCUGAAGAGGAUCUAAUACUAAAAGACACAACACGAGUAAUUACAAAGAAGAGCACCAAUUUUCUUACAUUUGGGUUUGUCUUCAUUAAAAGCGUCAUUCAGCAUGGUUUAGAUAUAGUGGGAGCAACCUAUAACAGCCGGAGUAAAAGACUGGUCCUUGCAGAUGGUAAAGGAUUUUUCAGCUUGGAUUUACUUCCUUCUAGUCGAAAUGUCAAAAGAGAGAUGAAUUUUCCAAAAUAUCACUUCAGCAUGGCAAGAAUAAUCACUUACUCUGAAAAAUUCAAUGUUUACUUCGUUCUACAAAAAGAUUUUGCGAUCAAGGUUUACAACAAGAACUAUGUUGAGAUUUGCUCAGUAGAAAAUCGUGGUUCUGGACGGUUAACAUUCAUAUCAUUCAACCCAGUAAAAGAUGAACUCAUAAGCGGUGGAUUUAAAGGAGUUAAGACCUGGAAAUUUAAAGAAACGGAGCUUCCAGAACAGUGUGCUCCUGUUCCAAUGUACAAGUACAGACUUUUCCCCAGCACAGAAUAUCCGUAUAUGGGAAGAAGCUGGUGUACAAAUAUGGAUUUUGAUGUCCUUAUGCAAAGAUACUACUGCUUUUCCGAUGGCCACUUCUACUGUUAUGACAUCAAUGGGAACAUGCUACUUGAGAUAUUAAAUGCACAUGAAACUGCUAUUCUUUCUUGUGUUUACUCAGCUGAUACUAGACUUUUCCUAACUUCCUCCAAAGGCAGUGAAAUAAAAUCUUGGAAUGACCAAGGCUGCUUGCUACAUGUAUUUCAAGGUCAUUCCGACACUGUCACAAAGCUGCUGCUCCAUCCAAGCACUACUACUUUAUUUAUCUCUGGAUCUCUAGAUGGAUCAGUCAAACUCUGGUCAUUUGAAACAAUGGACAUUUUUUACAGCAUAUCACUGUUUCAAGAAGGAGUACUUUGGAUUGGCAUAAUGGAAGAUACAUUUCUGUACUGCUGUUCUGCCCGCGGUCUUCAUAUAUAUGAUCUCAACUCAUUUACCAGCUUUUGGAGUCAUGUCAGUAGUCCAGUAAGGAAUCUCUACCUCUGUGGUGCUGAUGGAAAAUCUAGUAGAGUAGUUGCAAUGGGUGUUGACAACAGCUUAAGGAUAUUCUCUCUUCAUAACGGGACAAGGUUAUGCACAGUUCUGCCACCUCUUUGUCCCUCUGUUCUCCACCCACUUCUAAGCUUUACCUAUAAUCGAGCUAGUGGAACAAUUUAUCUUCUCUUGACACCUACCGAUAUAUGGGUCUAUACAGCAAGUGAGCCAUGUCUUCUCAUAAUAUGUCCAAUGUGCAACUUCCAAACUCUACUCUAGAGUUCUAACCAUCAAAUGAGAGCAACCAGUGGCCAGUUUCAACUCAACAUCACAGCCUCUCUGAUUUGUUCUUCUUUCGUGCUGAGGUGGCUUCUCUCUCAGACAUUUUGGAUAAGAGGGAGAAAUUUUGGAUCUAUAGAUUGAAGGCUUCAACUUAGAGGAAAAUACAUCAACCUCUAAAGAAUAGUGGAGACAGAAUGUUCUAAUUUGGAAACUUGUAUGUAGCUCAGUUUCAUCUUUAACAACUGAAGCAGGCAGAAGCUGAAGCAUUUUGCUUAUAUUAUAUUUUUGUUUUCCAUUUCUUAAUCACCCCCCCCCCAAAAAAAAAUAUGGAACAAAAAUAGAUGAUGAUAGAUAGAUAAAUAGAUAGAUAGUUAG